CCGAAGUAUCACAACACAGAUAACCUUAGCAAGACACCAUGCAAGCAAGAAAAAGGAGAGAUCACUCACCUUCGACAGAGAAUCAAGGAAAAAAACCCUGUGACAGCUGGUAUGGUAUUUACGAUCAACUUGAUUACUCUAAAAGCCUAGGGAGCAGUGUAGACACUGAAGACCCAACCAUUAAAGCUGAAAAAUGUUAUUAUGGGCUGAAUAACCUGGGGGCCACAUGCUACUUAAAUGCAGUGCUGCAGACACUCUUCAUGACCAAGCAAUUCAGGGAGGCUGUGGAGAGCUUAAAAUCAAGUAGUACAACUUUUGAAAAUCAUUUAAAGAAGUUGUUUCAAAAGUUAAAGAGAGGCAAUGCAGUUGUGGAAAAUGAGCUUCUAAGAAAACUUGGCAUCACAAAUAAUAAUGUACAAGAAGAUGCUGCAGAAUACUUUCAGAAGAUUGUGAACUUAUGCGACAUUCCCAGGAUCUAUCAUGGAGAACUUAAAUAUUCUACCAAGUGUCAGAAGCACGGACAUGAAAGUGAGCCAGAAUGCAGCUCAUUUGUGAUUCUGCCACUGGCUAUUGAAUCGCAUCAAAGCUACAAUGUGAUGGAUGGUUGGAAGCAGUUCUUCAAGCCCUCAGUUCUGGAUGGUGAUAAUCAGCUAUACUGUGACUUUUGUGAUGAGAAGACAGACACAGACGCAGAAUGUGAAUUAGUGAGUUACCCUGAGGUCUUAACCUUACAACUGAAGAGGUUUUACUUUGACUACAACUACAUGACGUAUAUGAAGAACAACUACAAGGUGGAAAUCCCCGUCGAACUAGUCACUCAGGAGCUCUAUAAGCUCUAUGCUAUAAUUGAACAUAGAGGUUCUGUGAAAUCUGGACAUUACUACACCAUCAUCAAGUCAUUUGAGGAUGGAAAUUGGUACCAUUUUGAUGACAGUCAUGUGUCUCACUUUGAACCCAAGGUACAGUCUCUUACUUUAUCUUACCUUGGACAUACAACUACCUUUUCAAAACAGUUGCAAUGUAAAUGGAAACAGAAUGCAAUGAUUUGCAAAUCAUACAAACCCUUAACUGAAAAUAGAACAAAGACAACAUAUCAAAUUUUGAAACAGAAAUUUUGUUGUUCUAUGACAGUUAUAUGCUCAACUUGAAUCUGAAUCUGAUGCAACACAUUUCAAAAAAACUUGGGACAGGGGCAUGUUUACCACAUGUGUUGCCUCUUCUUUUAACAAUAUGUUGUAAACAUACAACUUAGGAGACCAUUUGCUGGAGUUCUGUAAGUGAAAUGUGGUCCCAUUCUUGUCUGACAUAGAAUUUCAACUGCACAACAGUUUGGGGUCUCCUUCUUCAUAUUUUUUAUUUCGUGAUGUUGCCAAAUAUUUUCAUUGGGAGACAGUUCUGGACCACAGACCGGCCAGUCUAGCACUAGGACUCUUCUACUAUGGAACCAUGCUGUUGUGAUAUGCACAUAUUGAGGUUUGGCAGUGUCUUGCUGGAAUAUGCAAGGCCUUCUCUGAAAAAGACAUAGCCUGGAUGACAGCCUAUGUUGCUUCAAAACCUGUAUAUAAUGGUGCCUUCCCAGAUGGGCAAGCUACCCAAGGCUUGGCCAAUAAUGCACCCCCAUACCAUCAAAGGUGCUGGCUUUGAACUGCCUGCUGAUAAGCUGGAUGGUCCGUCUACUCUUGACUGGA